AGGUGGGAGUGGCGUACAAUUCCCAUUUUUAUCACUACUAAAAAAAGUUUUGCAAGAAAUCGUGACAACAUUAAUCAAUUCUAAUCUCCAGCACACAUGCCCAGAUCUACGGCAAGCCCAUCAGAUAAAGGUCAAGAAAUAGGUACUUAUUCGCGUGGAACACUGCCCACAUUACAUGAGACAGUAUGUUGUAUACGUGCCUGCUUGUGUUGUCGCUGUUGACGCUGUCCGUGCGAUGUGCGUCAGUGAAAUUAUUGGGGCGUUUCCAUGCAACUCACGCAGCCUUCAUUCAAGUAGAAGAGGACAUACAUGCUGUCAAUGUCCUUGACCGCUACAACCUGUUUAUAGCAGCCUUUAGCGGAAACCCCUUUUCAACAGAUCACGUGUACGAGGUAGCCGCAAUAGGACGCCAGUUACCAACCAUAAACAGCACGAAAAUAUUGGAUGUGUCCCACAAAAUCACUUGGCCAAAUGAAAUCAACCAGGUUCCAGAUGCAGUGUUCCACAAGGAGCUGGUAGUUGCAGCUGGGGGAUUCCUGGUACCCCUGAAGACUCAUGGAACUAUUGGCUUGUUUGAUCUGUCUGUGUCUCCUCCUCGUGGCCCCUUCACUAUCACCAGCAGUGCUGACAGCGCCUGGUUCUACCACAGAGUCUUCUGGAAAGACAUGAACGGGGACGGGCGGAUUGACGCUGUUACGUGCAGAGCAAAGAAGCCGUUGUUCGGUUCAGCACAAGGAGAGCUGGUGUGGUUCGAGCAUCCAGCAACAGGUGCCCUGGAGCACCCCUGGACCAUGCAUAUCUUAGCGCACGGCCCUGAUGUGUAUUUUGACUUCCUCACGCUCAAAACACCAGAUGGAACUUUUGACUGUAUCGUGACUGCUGGCUUCUUCUCCAAGAGUCUCAAUAUGUUCUGGACGACAGACCCAAGUGGGAAGUGGAAUGACGCGUCUAAGAUCAAAUCACGUGUCAUUGACAACUCCUUCGGGGCCGUGUUUGAUGUGCAAGCUGUGGACCUCAACGGCGAUGGUGGUCUAGACCUCCUUGUCAGUGGCUAUGAUGCGAAUAGUGCAAAUGUAUACAGCUUUGAGAUCCCAAAUGACUUCAGGACCGAGAAGUUCCCCCGUCAUACACUGGCUGGAGGCUUCAGUCCGCGACAGAAGGGUCUGGGUAAGGGGGCUCCAGGAUCUUCACAGACUGUCUACCCCACAAGUAGCACCAAAGGGAAGCCGUUGAUUGUGUUAUCGGGGGAUGACGACGGAAGAGCAUACAUACUGAAACCAUCAUCAACGUCGCAGAGUGACUGGACGUAUGACAAAGAGACUUUCCUUGACGUUGGCCAGGGAACUGUUGGAGAACCAGCCAUCAGGGAUGUGGACGGAGACGGGUACGGGGAAAUAUUUGUACCUGCAUAUAAUCAAGGUUAUGUGUAUGUGUACACAUUUAAACAAUAAAUGGGACGCAUAUUCCCUACACUCUUA